AUCGCAAGUUUCCAAGCAAAUUCCAAAUCAAAGACAUUUCUUAUCAAAAGGAGAUGACUUGGACUAUCUUGGUAUAAACCACUUUUUGGCGCAUCCAGAUCAUAAAUCGAGGUCUCAAAUCAAUCAUACCUUCCCAUUACUCAUAAUGGUUGAUCUGUCAGAAUUUGUAGAAGAACCUUCAUCUUCUUCAUCAGCUGAUCGUCAUAGAUAUGAUGUAUUUUUAAGUUUCAACGGGUGUGACACUCGUGAUACUUUCAUCGAUCACUUGCAUAAGGCCCUAAUGGAUGCGGAUAUCACUACCUUCUUGGACGAUGAAAUGAUCAAAACAGAGGAAGAUCUGAAACCGGAAGUGAAGAGUGCAAUUAAAACCGGGAAAGUUCUAAACCUAGAACUGGAGCGUGCGAUUAAAGAAUCUAGGGCUUGUAUUAUAGUGUUGUCUAAGAAUUACGCUAAUUCGCCCCGGUGCCUUGAUGAAUUGAUGUUUAUCCUUGAGCAGCGUAUGUCAUCCAACAAAAUUGUUGUCCCCAUCUUCUAUCAUGUUGAUCCCACCCAUGUCAGGAAGCAAGAAAGCACCUUUGGACUUGCAAUGGCUGAGCACAGACGGAUGAUGGAGGCUGAGAUAGAUGCAAAUAAAAGAAGCGAAUUGGCUGAAAAGAUUGACCAAUGGAAGAAAUCCCUUACAGAAGUUGCUAAUUUAAAAGGGAGGGAUGUAAAUGGCAGGCGAGAGACGGAGUUUAUUGAAGAAAUUGUUAAGUACAUCUACCGUAGAUUACAUGCACCCUUAAGGAGUGCUCUCCCACUACUUAUUGGGAUGGAAUCUUCCAUUAACUAUGUCACUUCAUGGUUGAAAGAUGCAUCCUCACAUACAACCGAUGUUCUCACCAUUUUGGGUAUGGGUGGGAUCGGGAAAACAUCUUUAGCCAAAUAUGUUUACAGGUCUCAUUCUCAUGAAUUUGACACAAGCAGCUUUAUUGAAGAUAUUAGUAGGAGAUGUGAUGAAAAGCUUAACAGAAGCAAUUUUAUUGAAGAUAUUAGUCCGAAAUCUGAAAAUUUUAAUGGGUUGCUUAGUCUACAAAAACAACUGUAUGAUGACAUUUCAGAACAAAGUUCAGUUCACGUUCAUGAUGCUUCUACGUACACCUCAGAGAUAGAGAAUGUAGUCGCAUGUAACAAGGUGUUUCUAGUUCUUGAUGAUAUUGAUAGUCUUGACCAGAUAGAUGCAUUACUUGGAAGCAAAGCUUUUCAUCCAGGAAGUAAAAUUAUCAUAACAACAAAGAACACAUGGUUGAUCGAGAGUUCUGCAUUAUUCCAAAAGAACGCAAAACCCAAGCAUGCUCAAUUCUUUCUUAACGGCUUAGAUAAGACUGAAUCACGGACACUUCUGUGUUUUCAUGCGUUCAAGUCCAAUGUUACCCAUGCUGGUUAUGAAGAGGUGUUAGAGGAGCUUCUGAAGUAUUGUGAAGGACAUCCAUUGGCUCUUGCAAUUUUGGGCAAAUCUCUAUAUAAUCGAGACGUAGUUUAUUGGAAAGAGUUCAUAGCUUCCCUAGAGAAAGAUAUUGAUCCCGAUAUAAUUAGUGUGUUGAGAAAGAGCUUUGACUCUUUGCCAUCUGAAAAUGAUAAGGAAUUGUUUAAGCAUAUUGCUUGUUUUUUUGUUGGAAUGGAUAGAGAUGUUGCUACAACAAUAUUAGAAGCAUGUGAUAUAGAAACAAUAUCUGGAAUCACGAAUCUCAUGGACAGAUGCCUUCUUAGUAUUGGACGUGAUAACAAAUUGAAGAUGCAUCGGUUACUUCAAAACAUGGGAAGAUUCGUAGUACAACAAGAAUCACCUAACAGGCCAUGGGAGCGAAGUCGAUUGUGGUGUCAUGAGGAGUCACUCAAAGUGUUGUUGCAAAAAAAGGGUACUGGAAAUGUGCUAGGUCUCAUCCUUGACAUAAAAAUGCUUAAGAAUAAGAAGUUACGGGAAGCAUAUGAGCUGAAAACAGAUACAUUGAGUAAGAUGGAUAAGUUGAUGCUACUACAACUCAAUUAUGUGCAAAUCAAUGGGUCUUAUGAGAACUUUCCAGAAACAUUAAGAUGGUUGUGUAUGCAUGGGUUUCCUUGGAAGUCAAUCCCUCCAGACCUACCAAUGGAGAAUUUGGUUGCUCUCGACAUGUCUUAUAGCAAUAUUGAAUCAUUUGGGAUUUUUAAUUAUCCACAACGAAGUGAUAAGAGGCUAAAGAAAUCAAUUGGAUCGUCCUCAAAAGACAAAGUGUUGCUUGGAUCAUUGAAGAUUCUUAAUUUAAGUUUCUGUGAUCAGCUUAGUAGUUUGCGUGGCUUUGAGGAUCUCCCCGCACUUGAGAGGUUAAUAGUUAGAAAUUGUGUUAAUUUGCUUGAGGUUUGUGAAUCAAUUUCGCAUUGUGGUGAACUUGUCCACAUUGAUCUAAGCUACUGCAAAAAGCUUCAAAAGUUUCCUACAAGUCUAAGCAUUUUAGAGAAUGUUAAUUCUCUACUUGUAGAUGGUUGUAAUCUUGAUGAAUCUCAAAGCACGGUUAGAAUUAAGGAUUCACCGUUAAUGCUUUCCACGACCGCAAUUCUGCAUAUAAGGUCUUUGGUAAGGUUGUCACUUGCAAAUAAUAAUUUGUCCACCGAAUCCUUUCCCAUGGACUUCAGUUUCCUGCCCAUGUUAAAACAUUUAUAUUUAGAUGACAAUCCUAUUGUUUCCCUGCCCAAUUGUGUGAGAAGCCUUCCAAGACUUGAGAUGCUUAGUCUGAGAAACUGUAAAUCUCUGAAGUCUGUGGAGCGUCCUCCACAAAAGCUAAGAGAGUUGAUCCUCCUGUUUGAUACUAAGCCUUUGCUAGGAAAAGUUAUAUUUGAUCUAGAAAUGUCCCCACUCAAGUUAUCAUAUGAUUGGAGAUGGAUUAUGCCUUCGUUCUUUGAAAUUGAAGGCAUUGUGAAAAUCCAACCAAUGUCAGGUGUUGAAGAAAAGGUAUUACAUAGUUUGGGCUGGACAAACCUAGAUUUCCUCAACAAAAUGCAUAAGGGGAAAGAUGCUUCCUAUAGAGGGUCAAAGGCAUCUGAAAUCCAGAUGUAUUAUGAAUUUGGAAUAUUCAGCACAAUCUACCAGGGAAAAGAGUUGCCCGAAUGGUUUACGUAUAGAAGCACCGGGUCAUCAAUAUCAUUUAUCAUCCCAUCAUCAUCAUCAUCUUACAACCUCAAAGGACUGAAUUUUUGCUAUGUGAAGCAAUUCCAAAUUCAAAACAAUGAGUCCCUUUAUUUUCCAAUUAUUGAAAUUCGCAAUAUAACAAAGAACCGCACAUGGAUGUACCAUCAUUCCUGUGGCAGUAAUGUUAUUGUAGAUGGAGAGUGUUUUGUGUUGUUAAGCCAUUGGAUGUUUGGGAUGAAUGAGAUGGAAGGUGGUGACCACGUUAAAAUUACUAUUAGUGUAACAAAGCAACAUCAACUUGCAGAGGAGUUGGGGGUGAGUUUUGUGUAUGAUGAUGGAAACAAAGAUGAAGAAGAAGAUGCGUUGGGUUAUUACAAGUCAUGGAAUCACAUCAUUGGUGGGGAUCUCUCUGCUUUUCAAACAACAACAGGAGUAUACUUGCUAAACAUUGAAGGAUUCACACGGCAUGUCAUUGAAGUGGAUCCAUGUUAUCAUGGAUUAAUUGAAAGGAGUACCCGCUAUAAAGAAGAGCAAGUGUAUUUCAGAGCUUUAUCCCAAAGGAAGUUUGGCAAAAAUUUUCAGACACCGAAGAUUCUACCAUCUCCAUCCACCGGUUCCUUCUCAUUGAAGAAUCUCAGCAGCAACAUCCAAAACCAUGAACAGAGCAUCGAAAAAGAGCAAAAAAGCUUCACAGAUUUCUCUUUUCAGCAACCAUCAAAUCAUCAAACUGAGCAGCUAUGGAAUCAUCAGAAACCCAGAGAACAAGAUGAAAAAACAUUUGUGCAAUCAGAACACCCAUCUCAGUUCCUAACUUUCUCCCCAGAAAUUUCCACAAUUACAACCGAUUCAAAUUCGCAGAUGCAAAGCUCUCAAUUGGGUUAUGCAGGCAGCAACAUCAAUUUCGAAAAUCAAUCAUCGCAAAUAAAAACAGAUGAUGGCUAUCGUUGGAGAAAAUACGGGAAAAAACAGGGGAAAGGAAAAAAUGUUAGAAGCUAUUACAUGUGCGUGUCUCCAAAUUGUACGGCGAGGAAGAGAAUAGAAACAAAUUUGGACGGUCAGAUUACAAAGAUUGCUUACAAGGGUAGCCAUAAUCAUCCAAAAUUUCAAUCUACUCGAAUAUCAUCAGCUUCAAAUCAUUUACAGAUGGCUCAAGCUUCUAGUAAUCAUGAAUUUGAUAAGUUUUAUGGUUCUCAUGGAUCUAGGCAGUUCGAUUCCUUUGCCACCCUGGAGAAUUCAUCUAUUUAUGAUGACCUUGACCGGAGUAGCUCCGGUCGGCUCAAGUACGAUGCCAUGCCUGAUUCCAAAAAUGGGUUUAUCUCUGACGGCAGCUACGGUAGCUCCGGUGGGGACGAGCCUAUUAGUAUAUAUUAGCUUAGCCCAUAUUUAUUAUUGUAUAGUCGAAUGUUGUAUUGUACUAUAUAUUUUUGUUAAUGAAAUCAUUCCAACUCAUGGGAAAAUAUUUACCC